GGGUGGAGGUUAAGGGGGAGGUUCGGUGGGCAGCCUGGGCUGGAGGAGGUUGGGCUGGGCAGGCGGGGAGAGGGGAGUGUGUUCCAGGCUGUCUCCAUCCUCCCUUCACUCUCCUUCAGGACCUCCAGGCUGCCCUUGUCUCUGCAGGAGCUGGCAUCGUCAUGGCGAUCAAACUGACCAUGCUGCUGUUAUUGGCCAUUGCCAUGGUUACGGUGUUGGCUCAGAAACGACGGCCGAAGGCCAAAGCGGCCGACGAGUGGAACUACAGGGAUGGCUCUCAGAAUGUGAACACGCGAGGCGUGUCCAACCUGACAGAGGUUCUGGACAACUGGAGGUAUGACAUCAUCACCCAGAUCAAAGGAGCGCUGCAGAACGACCACCAGUCCCUCCUCCCCGACUACCACAGGAUCCAGCCCCUCUCCGAAGCCCUGGAUGACCUCUACAAAGAGUUCAACGCCCUCAAGUCCCACCUCGGCGAACUCACCGAAAAGUUCACCGCCAUAGAAACGUUCAUCGAUGAGGUCAAAGCAGGACGCUCCAGUAGCCCCGCCCCCGGCCCCGCCCCUGCCCCCGCCCCCAUUCCAGGUCCGACCAGAAGGAAGGUGAUCAGGAAGAAAGUCAUAAGCCACUGAGCAGCCAAUUCCAUCGCUUCUUUUAUCGUUGUAAUCCCACCCAUAUAAACCCAACCCACCAGCAGCUCCUCCCUCCGUUACCUCCUGAAUAUCCUUAAGGUAGUUAGGCUAAUGAUAAUGUAGCUAAUGCUUUUUCGGCAUCGUUACCCUCUAGUUACUGCUCCUGAACAUCCAAUAGUCAUGACUAAAUACACAAGGACACCCUCAAACUAUAGCCAGGUGUAUGAAGCUAAAGCUAAGUUUAUAACUAGAACCCACUCUAGCUAAGUUCAUUACUAUAGCUUACUUUAGCUAGGUUUAAGCCUAGAACCAACUCUAUCUAGGUUUAUAACAAAAGAAACCUCUAGCUGAGUUUAGAACUAGAACUAAAUAAAAAGCAACUUUCUCCUCCUUUCUAUUGGAUAUGCACAAUGUCUUUACUGCUACCUUUAAUAAAUACAAUUUAUUGCAAUAAAA